GCGNCUUACCAUAAAGUUGACAAAGAACACAAUAAAAGAGGACAAUCUAAAAACACUAAGUGUAAAGCCAAAAUAAAAGUUGUGGUAAAGCUAGAUUCUGUUUCAACUAGAAAAACUGAUCCCUACAUUUUAGAAAAAUUAUUAGGUGAUAUUACAAUUUUUAAUGAACACAAUCACAACAUAAAUACAGCAGAGGCUUUAAAAUGCUUAAAUGCUUUUCCUAAUUUCAGAGAAAAUUUUGAAGAAUAUUUUAAUGAUGGAAUGACUAUAACUGAAGCUAUUUGUUACCAUGAGAGUGUUAUGGCAAUGAAUAAUCAUUCCAAUGAGGAUUUUGCAAACGCUCGAUUGAACCCAACAUAUAGAACUAUACAGAAUUGGCAUGAUAAAUGGAGGAUUUUAAAUUUAGGUCCGCGUACUGGUCAAGGGGUUCAUAUGGUAAAAUAUGAACAACAUAUGAAAUAAUUACUUUUAU